AGACAACAUAUGAUAGAUCCUUUUCGUCAUUUGGUUGGUCAUGUCUCCCAUUACUGUCUCAAUAUGCUGAAAAUGGAAAACACUAAACGCCUAACCAUGGGUAGGGAAGUGUUUGAUUAUUGUGGUUGUGUGCUUGUGUCUUCUUUUGGUAUCCCAUGUGCAUGUGCCAUACAACUUGCUAUUAACGAAAACGGGGGAUUGUAUCUUGAUGAUAUUCAUCUUUUCUUCAAGAGUUUGGUGAUCGGAGAUGGUGUAAAUGCAUCGGAUUACGCUAGUCAAUGUGAUCAGGAUGUUGAAUAUCUUCAGGGAUUACUUGAUGAACUUUCUGAGGUUGAUCCUGCGAUUAGGAGGGGUAUAGCAGCCCUUAUUCGUCGGCAGUUACACCCAGAGGACGAGGGAGUUCAAGAGCCUCAUGUAGUUACUUCUACGAGAGGUAGGCCUCCUGGUUCAACAUCUACUAGACGUGACCCGAGUGGUUUCGAACAUGCCCAGCACGAAUUCCGGGAUAGAUCAAGGUCUCGUAGUCGUACUCGUACAACUACGACGACCCGAUCUACUAGAGAUGGAGAUUCAAGUGCAGCAAAUCCAUCGACUCGUACUAGUGGAGAUAGAGAUUCAAAUGCGACAAGAACAUUUGAACCGGAGAGAUUUGAAAGAAGAGCAGAUCCAUUUCCUUACGCAGAUAACGUACCCGAUAUCAUCAUCCCUUUUAUAGUUGGGUGGAAUGACGUCUUAGGUGAUGGGAACUGCGGAUUCAGGUGUGUUGCUGAUGCUUUCAAUGGUGGAGAAGAUCGUUGGCCACACGCUCGUCAACACCUUUACAACGAAAUUUCAAUGAAAAAAAUUUACGAGGAUGUUUAUGGAGGACGAGAGUACGUCGAUAGAGCGAGAAUUCGUAUCAUGCACACCAGAGGUCCUGCUCGUCGGGCACAUUGGAUGGAGUCUAUUGCUGAUUUGUAUGCUGUUGCUACCUUGUACAAUUGCGUUGUGAUGUACUUUACAGUGGGGGAAUCAGGUACUUUGUGGGGUUGCUGCACUAUUCUACCAUUGACUGCACCAGUCGAGGUCACACGACCAUGUUAUGAGUUUGUUAUGGUACACCUUGGAGCACGUAAUCAACACUACAUCCGCUUAUUCAUGGCUCCUAAUUUCCCGAUGCCUCCAAUUGCAGUACAAUGGUUUGAUUUGAGAGAUGAAACUGUAGUUGGAUGGGAGACUUAUUAUGCUAGCCGGAAUUACUGUACCAUUGGUGGGGCGCCUAAAUUAGGCGCCUGUACCAUUGGUGGGGCGCCUAAUUGAGGCGCCUGCACCAAUGGUAGGGCGCCUAAAUAAGGCGCCUGUACCACUGAUCAGGCGCCCAACAAAGGCGCUUCCUCCAUUGGUUAGACGCCUAAAUUAGGCGCCUUUCCAAUGGUUCAGGCGCCUAUUCAAGGCGCCAGCCUCAAUUUUACCAGAUUUCAUUCCUUUUGCGAUGAUUUCAAGCCUCUAAAUACUCUAAACUACCAAGAAAUUAUCAAAUACUGGAAGAUUUUAAUCAAACACCAAGAAAUUUUAAUCCUCUAAACUACCAUACUUUCAAUUUUAAAGGGUUUCAAACACAUGCGAUAUAUCAAAUUCUACAAAUACGAUUUUUUUAAAAAAAUUAAAAUUUCAAAUUAACUAACCUUUAUGUCGCCGGAAAUUCGAAGUUUUGUUGCCGGAGGAUCUUGUCGCCGCCGCAACCUCGCCGGAAGUCUCCUCGCCUAGCCGGAAAUUUGCUCGCCUAGCCGGAAAUCUGCUCGCCGCCCCGCAAUAGUCCUCGCCGGAAAUUUCUCUUCUCGCCGGAAAAACUCGCCGGAUGUUUUCUUCUUGGUGUUGAUGAGAGAGAUGGAGUAAGAGAGUGGAGAGAGAGUGAGAAGUGAGGGAGGGUCAAGAGAGUGAGAAGGUGAUGAGAGUGGGAGAGUGGGAGAGUGGGAGUAUAAAAAUACU